UGUAGCUUUAGAAAAUGGAAAGGGAAUUAUAAGAUUAACAAGAUAAAAUAACAAGAGCUGAGAACAUUAUGAAUUCUAAAUUAGCGAAAGUCUAACAAAAAAGAAUAGUCCUUGAUGAAUCAAAUGCACAUAUCUCAGCAUUAGAAUUAGACAUUUAGAAUAAUUUAAAUAAAACACUAAAGACUUGCAUUUUGUAAUAUUUUACAUUCUAUCAAUCAAUAUAGUAAUUUAGUCUAAGAAUUCCCAGAAAUGCAAGCCAUUAUAGAUGCAGUCUUUUAAGAGAAAAAUGUAACUGUUCCUAGUAAAUAACCAUCAUCUGUUGGAGUUCCUUCUGUUAGAUCCUCUGUACGUUCAGCUUCUUCUCAGGGCAGAAGAUGA